AUGUCAAACACGGUAUACCGGCUUUACGUCGCUCGUUUUCAGGUUUCUGAGCAAGUAAACAAUGUUGAUAGUGAAACUGAUACCACAAAGCAGCGCAUAGAUGAUGCCUACAAAGUUUUUAAAAAGUUUUCUGAAGUGGACUCAGAUUCUGAUGAAUGUGAUUUAUAUGGCGAAAUUUUGGCAGAAAAACUAAGAGCUUUGGAUGAACCUACAAGGGAAACUGCUAUGCUCCAAAUAUAUCAUUUAAUGUUUUCUAUUAAACACGGUAGGGAUCCGAGCCACGCUUAUCCCCAACGAAAUUAUUCUUUUCAGCAUCGUUCAUCAGCUAAUCAAAACCUGCCAUGUUUUUAUUAUCAGCCAUUAUCCAAUUCCCAUUCACAAACAAAUGCAUCAUUCACGCCAUCGCCGUUAACAUCACCAUCAGUAUCACCUCACUAUCAGCCAACAUUCAAUUCUCAACCAAAUUCAUCAUUCACGCCAUCGCCGUUAACAUCACCAUCAGUAUCACCAUACGUAUCACCAUACUAUCAGCCAACAUUCAAUUCUCAACCAAAUUCAUUAUUCACGCCAUCGCCGUUGACAUAUCAGCCCCCAUUCAAUUCCCAUUCUCAACCAAAUGCAUCAUCAUUAACGCCAUCGCCGUUGACAUCACCGGUAUCACCACAUUAUCAGCCACCAGCUACCUCGAGUGAUUCAGAGUUAUCACACCGAUUAACUUCAAGCGAAUAUGACGAAAACAAUUACAAUCCGACGUUUGAAAACAUAGUUACUAUAAUGAAUAGAAAAAGAAGACUAAUACAGAGAAAUUGCGGAGAUCCUGAUUGGACUGAUACAGAGAGUAACAGUGUAAUUAGCGCUGAAAAUGAAACAGAGGAAACGGGAUUACUUUCGGAAACAGGCUCAGAUUUGGAAAUAGAGGAAGGAGACUUAGUUUCCCCUUUAGAAAAUUUAGCAAACCCAACAAGGGAAGUUUUAUGGUCUCCAGUAUUGCCUACAAUAGUGUUUGUUAUGUGUUUUGUUGUCACAAAUAUGGAGUACGAAAGACAAAAUCCAGCAAACAAUAAUAAAAUUCCUGAAAGAAAGAAGCCAAAAACGAACAAAAGAACAUUGGAUAAAAUAGCCAGAGUUAAAGGUGAACCUUUUUCUAAUUAUAAAGGGAUAGCUAAGCCAGCUAGAUUUACUGGGCCAGAUUGCAGAUGUGCUCGAUUAAAAUGUUUUGAGAAGAUUUUAGAGGACACAAGAAAUGCCACUUUAACAAAAUUUAACAUGCUGGAAUCUAAAGAUGCCCAGGACAGUCAUCUUGCUGUUAAAAUGGAACGUUCUUGGGACAUUGUCGUAUGGACAGAAGAAAAUGCAAUUGAUUAUGUUCCUACUUCUUGGGCAAAUAACACAAAAACGAUGUACAAAUAUCCUUUGGGUAAAAAUAGCCUUAAAAUUAAAAAACUUCUUGAUAGUGGUAAACCUUUGAAUGAUGAAAAUUUUCAUUGGCUGGAAGCUGUAUGUAAAGCAGAAUCAGUUAAAGAUUUGCAAAUGGCAAAAGAUAUGUGUGAUCGAGGACAAGAUACUUCGAACUUUGAACUUACUGAAUCAGAAAAUGGUCGUAAACAUAGAAAACCAAAACGAAAUUCAAGAAUCCUUAAAUGUUUGUCAGAUUCAAAUUCCUCAGAAGAUUCUCUACCUUUACCUAGAGGACAGAACUUAAUCAGAAAAACAUUUUCAUCUCAGCCUGUAAUCUGUAAUAAACAAACAUUCAAUGCAAAUAAUAUACCUACCAAUAAUUCAAGUCAACAGAUGAGUUCUUCAGUUUCAAGAAAUUCCUGCACGGCAGUUUCAAGGAAUUGUCAGCCUAUUUCAAGAACUUCUACUCCUAUUUCUAUAAAUUUUGAGCCUGAUGAUGUUUCAAGUCACACUCAAACAUUGACAAUCAACGAUGUAAAUUUGAUGCCUACUUCAUCUAAGGUGCAGCAGAUUUCUACAGAUUUAACCCCAAUACUGGAGGAACUGACAGAAAUAAAAUACCAUAUGAGGGAAACCAAAGCUGUUCUAUCUAGAAUGGAACAUUUCUUAAAUAGUUCAUCGAAUAAUCCUACAAAUGUUACCAUACCACAAACUUUAAAUGCCAUUUUGGAUUUACUUCCUUGCGAGACCAAGGAACAGUUGGAGAAAGUAGAUUCAUUAAUCCAUGAAUCUCGUUAUAUGAAAGAAUUGGUAAACUAUCUUUAUUUAGCCGGAGGAGACAAUCCUCAUAAAAGUGCUUACUUGGCAAUGCAGAAGCUUUUUGCUAGGCAACUGGCUGUAUACUACAGUGGUCAAGGAAAAAAAAAGAAAAUUCCUUUUUGCAAUAUGAAAUUGUAUGAAGCUGUUUUUGGUGCAAUUAGAAGGAGGCAUCCCAACGUUACUGAUGAAGGAAUAAAAAAAUCAGUCUCUCUAUUCUUGGCCACUGCCAAGUCGAGAUUAACAUCAAAGAAAAAUAAUGGAGUAGUAGUAGAUGAAAUGGAUUUGCCAGAUGAAACAGAUCAGUUUUAGAGGU